ACUUCGAGCUCAUUCCUUCACCAACCCUUCAUUUAAAACUCUACCUGUCAAGAUGACCACUCUCACUGCUAUGUUUGUUCUCGGUCUCAUCUCAGCAUUAGCGGAUGGCGCAGCGCUCCGAGUCCGCUACGACCCAACAUCACCCUCACGCUCGCUCGCCGACAUCCUCUUCUCGGAUGUAGUCUACAUCCCUGCAUCAGGAUUCAGCUUCGCGGAUGCCAGCUUCCAUCUCGCACCUGCCGGGCUCGAUGCAUCGUCGUCGCUCUUCCCGCGCGAUCUCAACUUCACCGCUGGCACUGGCACGCCCACCCGGCGGAGCGCAGACCUGAACACGGCGCCGACGCCUGCGCCGACGGGGCAGUCUUCGCCUUCGACGACGGUUCAUAUCGGGUCGGAGGGUGAUUUUGCGCUUUUGCUUCCUGGGACAUCUUAUACUCUGAUAUCGGACGCGGAGGCUGAUGGCGUCUCGUUCUGCACACCUGGCUCCAAUGGUACCUGUGGUCAGUCCCUUCCGGAUGGAUUCAUCACAGGUGCCGCCGUCUCUACCGCGCCUGACGGAUCCUACAUCCAGGUGACGGGCUGUUUCGAUGUCAGCAAAUUCGCUUUUGCACAGGGUGAUGCCGGCGGACAAUUCGACGUCCGCUUCCCCAACGGCGCGCAGUGCUCGUUCGGUGGGUACGGCGCAAGCUUCAUCGAGCAGGUUGAACCCUCGUCGGGACGCUUCUGUCUCCGCUGCUGCGCACACGAGAACGAUCAGGAGAACUGCAACUCGCACCAGGACAGGGCCGGCUGUCCGAACGCGGUCCCUGGGACGUACACGUUUCCAAACGCGGACUGCUCGUGAGCUGGCGUCGUUGCGGGGCGGUGUGGCGUGGCGUGGUGAUUGCAUUCUAACUUGUAUUAUGGACCGUUGUUUCUUCAUUUCGAGUUGUUGAGGUACAUUCUAUGCACAACGUUUUGUAGCGCGACCCUGAUUUGUA